CUGACGAGGAGCUCAAACUCAACUGAGCCAUGAGAUCUUGACCUGAGCCACCCAGGUGCCCCUCCCCUCUUUCAAAAGCUAACCCGAAAGCGUCUCACCUGCUGGCUUAUGGGUCCCCUUUGCACCCUCAGUAGGGGUUCAUUUACCCUCCCAACUCCUAUGCCCUCACUUGCGUGGCCUCAACCGCCCUGCUUCCAGUUGCUAGCUUAUCCGACCCUCACCUGCCCCACCCCCUCAGUCUCAUUUCCCUCCCAGAUGCCCUGGGGCCCUACGGGAGGCGGGACCUCGCCGGGAGGCGGGGGAAAGGGGAACUUCAGUCCAACCAGGAAAGACUCAGGAGUUUUGAUACGGAAAGGGCGGUAUCCUCUUGCAGAAGGUUCCAAUAAAGAGCCGAGAUAGAAAAGGGUCAGCUGAACCAAUGAGACGAGGAUAUAGAAUGGGCGGCUGAUCUGGAAUGCGGGAUCAAUGAAGAUGAGGGCGGGUCUAGUAUUGGAAAUGAGCCAAUAAGACUCUGUAGAGACGUCAAGAGCCUAAGCUGGCCGCUUGUCGAGUCUCCCCGUCCCAACGAAAUCUGGAAAUCCCAAGGCCGCGAUCUUAGAUGCACUGUUCGGGACCGAACGAGGAAAUCCCUGCUCUUGCCAGCCUCUCACUCGUUCCAUAGCCACCCGAGAAGCCCGGAAACGGAAGUGAGGGACACGGAAGUGGCCUGCUGUUGCCGAGGGGACGGGCAGGCAGAUGCCAACAUGGCAGCGGUUGGGUCUGGCGGUUCCACCGCGGCGGCUGGGCCAGGGGCGGUCUCCGCGGGGGCAUUGGAGUCUGGGACCGCGAGUGCGGGUGAGACAGCUCAUCGGCGCCUCAAAUACAUAUCCCUAGCCGUGCUGGUGGUCCAGAAUGCCUCCCUCAUCCUCAGCAUCCGCUAUGCCCGCACACUGCCUGGGGACCGCUUCUUUGCCACCACAGCUGUGGUCAUGGCCGAAGUGCUCAAAGGUCUCACCUGCCUGCUGCUGCUCUUCGCACAGAAGAGGGGUAACGUGAAGCACCUGGCUCUCUUCCUCCAUGAGGCUGUGCUGGUGCAGUACGUGGACACGCUUAAGCUCGCAGUGCCGUCUCUCAUCUACACCUUGCAGAAUAACCUCCAGUAUGUUGCCAUUUCCAACCUGCCAGCUGCCACUUUCCAGGUGACGUACCAGCUGAAGAUCCUGACCACGGCACUGUUCUCCGUGCUCAUGCUGAACCGCAGCCUUUCCCGGCUGCAGUGGGCCUCACUGCUGCUCCUCUUCACUGGCGUCGCCAUUGUCCAGGCACAGCAAGCCGGUGGUGGGGGCCCUCGGCCGCUGGAUCAGAACCCUGGGGCGGGCCUAGCGGCUGUUGUGGCCUCGUGUCUGUCUUCAGGCUUCGCAGGUGUCUACUUUGAGAAGAUCCUCAAGGGCAGCUCAGGCUCGGUGUGGCUGCGCAACCUGCAGCUGGGCCUCUUCGGCACGGCCCUGGGCCUGGUGGGGCUCUGGUGGGCCGAGGGCACCGCCGUGGCCCGCCGCGGCUUCUUCUUUGGGUACACACCUGCUGUCUGGGGCGUGGUGCUCAAUCAGGCCUUUGGUGGGCUGCUGGUGGCUGUUGUCGUCAAGUACGCCGACAACAUCCUCAAGGGCUUUGCCACCUCCCUGUCCAUCGUGCUGUCCACUGUUGCCUCCAUCCGCCUUUUUGGCUUCCACGUGGACCCCUUGUUUGCCCUUGGCGCCGGGCUGGUCAUCGGUGCCGUCUACCUCUACAGCCUCCCUCGAGGUGCAGCCAAAGCCAUUGCUUCUGCCUCCGCCUCCGCCUCCGCCUCCGGGCCCUGCACUCACCAGCAGCCUCCAGGGCAGCCACCGCCACCGAAGCUGUCUUCCCAUCGUGGAGAUCCCAGCACGGAGCCCUUUCUGCCAAAGUUGCUCACCAAGGUGAAGGGUUCGUAGCUGCUGGGAUUGAAGACGCUGGCCUGGCCUCGUUCUCCCUUCUUGCCCUGGCCCAGCCAAGACCAAACUCUGAUCAGUAUUAGGAGUGGGGGGCGG